UUUUUUUUUUUCUUUUAUAGAUAAACUGUGUAACUUUCCCCCAUCCUGACAUAAUGCCAGAGCAGCAGUUGUUGAAACCUUCAGAGUGGAGCUACUGUGAUUAUUUCUGGGCUGAUAAGAAGGAUUCACAAGGGAACAAUACAGUAUCAGGAUUUGAGAUUCUUCUUCAAAAGCAACUUAAAGGGAAACAAAUGCAGAAAGAAAUGGCAGAGUUUGUUCGAGAAAGGAUAAAGAUUGAGGAGGAAUAUGCUAAGAACCUGUCCAAACUGUCUCAGAAUUCCUUGGCUGCUCAGGAAGAAGGCACACUAGGAGAGGCUUGGGCUCAGCUGAAGAAGAGUCUCGCUGAUGAAGCAGAGGUUCAUCUCAAAUUUUCUUCUAAGGUAAAUGGUUUGUUUUCCUUGUUGAAAAAAUCUUUGCCCUCUAGUUGAUGACUUGCCUCGAGU